CCAGACAAACGGACACGGCUAUGAACUACGACGGAACUAAUGGUACUGAAAUGGACACUUCUGAUUCAAGAAAAAGACCUUUAGACGGAGAAACAGAUAAUGGGGUCACCAAGAGAUCUAACCAGGGUGGAGGUCAGUGAAUGUUACGAGUGACUUCAACUUCGUUUGGACUCGUUUCUGUGCUACACACCCACUUGCAAGCCUCAGUGGCUGUUGGUGUGAUCAGUGAUCUUCUGCCCACGUGUCAAAAGCAACUCAUCCUGAUGUUUUAGCUUUUGCUCUUGGUUGCUAGGGCCGCAAUUAAAGAGGUUUUCAUAACUUUUGCACUGGGGCAUCAAGGCAGUUUGGGACUGCCUAAAAUAGUUUCUCCAGCCAGGAUACCUGGAAGUUCCAAGACACCAUACUGCAGAAUGAGUGAACUAGAGGCCAGGGUCUUUCAAGUCCUUCACUAUGGUAACACAGCUGGGGGUACAUGGCAGGCUAAUACUGAAGUGAUGCAAGGACAAAUGGGUACUGGGGAAGGUGAUGCUUCUGCAUCAGAUGCUGGACGAGACAAUAUACACUUGAAGAUUUUGGUGCCCAGUGUAGCAGCUGGAGCAAUUAUUGGAAAAGGGGGUGAGACCAUUGCACAAAUACAGAAAGAAGCUGGGGCAAGAGUAAAAAUGUCUAAGGCAAAUGAUUUUUAUCCAGGUACCACCGAGCGUAUAUGUCUAAUUAUGGGUGCCCCUGAAGCUGUAAGACAAGUAAAUAAUUUUAUCAUGGAGAAAAUAAGAGAGAAGCCGGAGUCCAACCCUACUACACCUACAAAACCUGAUGAUGCCAAAAAUAAUUUUGAGAGGCAUCGGCAGGUAAUAGAGGUGAAGAUCUUAAUUCCAAACAGUACAGCAGGAAUGAUUAUUGGAAAAGGUGGAAAUUUUAUAAAACAAAUAAAAGAAGAAAGUGGUGCUUAUGUGCAAAUUUCGCAGAAGUCUAAAGAGACUAAUCUUCCAGAGAGAUGUGUAACAGUUGCAGGUGAAUUGGAUGCGAACAUGAAAGCAAUGGAUUUGAUUCUUCAGAAAAUUGUUGAAGAUCCACAGAGUAGUAGUUGUCCAAAUAUUAGUUAUGCUGAUUAUACUGGACCAGUUGCAUCUGCUAAUCCUACAGGGUCACCUUUUGCAAACACCCCAUACCAAGCACGCAACACUGAAAUGAUGAAUAAUACAGCUGCGGCAUAUCCUACUCAAGGUUUUAAUUUCGGUACGAAUGGAAACAACUCUUAUAAUGGAAUGGGGGGACUUGCAGGACUCAAUAUGACAUUGAGUGCUGCUGCCAUGGGACUAGGUGGUCCUAUGGCUGCUCAAGCACUUGAAAACUUAAAGAUGACCUUACGCAGUUCUGGCUACACAGAGCAGGCUACAGAAGAGAUUAGUACUGCCAUGAACACUUUAGCCAAUUAUGGAAUUUUAGGUAUGGGGAUGAGUGGUGUAAAUCAGAUGGGGGCUAACAUGACAGCCUCUAGUUUAGCUAGUAUGCAAGGCAUGCAGAUGGCUGGCACCACUACAGGGGCUGCAGCUAAUACAUCUUUUGGGGCGGCAACAUCUCAAGCUUCAAGUAUGUUUGGGCCUGUGGGCAGUACUACUACAGGCCAACAGCAGUCGACUAACAUAUUUGGAAGUUCUUCACCAAGUAUGGCCGGAGCAACUGAUCGAUACGGCUCCAGUCCAAUGCUUGACACUUUUGCCCAAACCCCUGGAUAUGCUGCUUCAGCAAGUGCUGUUGCAUACCCAGCACAAGAUAGAUCAUCAGGUGCAGUCACUGUAAAUGUUAACCAGAACUCUUUUGGCCUGGGUACUGGCAUGUACAGUCCUACUGAUGAUAAAACAUCAACUAAACAAGAGAUGGAAGUCCCUGAGAAUAUAGUGGGAGCUAUUCUUGGACCAGGUGGGAAAGGUAUUGUGGAGAUCCAGCAGUAUACUGGUACCAAUAUUCAGAUCUCCAAGAAAGGGGUUUAUGCUCCAGGCACUCACAACCGUAUUGUGUGUAUCUCUGGUACAGUGAGCAAUAUCACAAGGGCACAGUACAUGAUCCAACAGCGCAUCCAACAGGAAGAGUACAAAAGGGCUAGACAAGCUACUGCUCGAUAAAUCCACCUGAUAUUUAAAAUAUGUGGUCUACUCAAGCCUAGGGACUACUACUAAAAGUGGAUUUAUACCAUGAAAAAUUUCAGUGAUAAUCUAAACUGUUUUUCUUUAUUUUCAAGUUAAAUCUAUUUAUUCUUGUUUAUUUCAGUUUUGCGAAAGAUGAAUUAUUUAUUUUUGGAUUUUUCUGGUUGGUCUUUUUAUUUUGAUCCUUCAUAUUCCCUGACUAGUGCAGAAUUAUUAUACUCGUCUUCUAUUGCUGUUUAGCAUUCAAUAUUCUGAGUCGUUUAAAAUUAGACUCUUUGUUGGUUUCCUUGUAUUAAUUAGUUGUAUGGAUUUUUAAAAUUAGCACAUCCUGUGAAUGUUUUGUUUGUUCUCAUUGUUCACCAAACAUUUCACCCCUCAUCCCAUUUAUUUAACUGUAAUAAAAUCACAUCAGGUCUGGCGUUGGUUUUUUACAGUACUGGUCCACUUGGAAACUGAAGGGCUGUGAAUUUUUUAAUUGUAUUAUUGUAUUGUUUGCUUUCUUCCUUUUUAAAACUUAAGUCAAACAUUGCCACGAAAUACGAGUAGUAGAAUAUAAUUUUUUAUUCUAGUACUGAGUAAUCCGUGGCAGGCCAGUAAAACUGCCUUCGCUGCUCAUUUGAAUUUCAUCAUCAUCCCAUAAUCAUGAUCAUUUUUAAAAAUUUACAUUUUAUCAGAUUGGGGCAAUAUCUUAUAAUGGCAUCCUGCCGAAAGGCCCAUAUUUCAACCAUAGAUUUGUUUUUGCAUGUUUAAAAGAAAGUUAAUGGAAUUUAGGGCUACCUAAACUUCCCAUGUUUUAAACUGCAAUUAUAAAGUACCAUUUGUGAUAAUACAUUCUACAUUAAUGUAAUUAUGGAAAGCAUUGUGACAAAAUUUUCUAUUUAUUUAUUUUUUACUUACUAUGCAUUAGAAAUUUUGUUAUAAGUAAAAUGUUAGUCAAGCCAUAUGAUUUUAAUGUGAUGAUGUUAAUAUCAAAUGAUUCAUUGACACAUUCAUUCACUUUUCUUUUUCUUCAUUACUCCAUUACUUUUUUUCCCACUAAUGAAGUGUUUUCCUGUGGUAUUAAUAAAACUGAUAAAUUUAGUGGCAAUAUUAUCAAUCAGGAUGCCAGAAUGUUAAGCUUAUUUUUAAGCAAACAGUGUCUAAUAAGCAGGAAGAAAGCAUGUGAUAUCUAUUUAUAAUCAUAAAUCAUUCUUCAUGAUGUGCACAUUUACAGACAUACACUACACCCAUCUUGCUUAUAUGGAUUUUAUUAUCUAAUGUUGAGAAUCCAGGUUAAUGCAAAGACAAAUGGUGACUUCAUUAAUCGCUAUUCCCAUAGCUUCAUAUAUAGCUCAAUGUGUAAUAAGUUAUAGCAUUGUACAGUUUUGUCACAUUGCUUUCCUUUCAUUUUAUACAGUCAUUGCCUAUGAGCACAUAACUUAAACAUAUAUCAAUAUUUAAAAAGAAAUGUCUUUCUUUAGAGAGGAUGUGCAGUUAUAAUCAAUUGCUGUUGUCUUACAUCAAGCAAGAGAGGACUGUAUUUUAUGUAUUACAAUAUGGAUAUACCUGUAUGUACAAAUGCUACAUUUUAGUCAAUUUUUUUAUUUAUCUCAUUUGUUAACCCUGUGUUUUAUUAUAUAGUCAGUCUUAAUUUUUUAAUGGUGGCGAACAAUAGCCAGAAAAGACAUGGUCAGAGUUUAUAGCAAACUAUAUGCUUAUUAACCUUAAAAGCAAACUUGUUUGAGAUUUAUUUUUCUGUGUAAUAUUUUAACUUGAAAUCUGGUGUGCGGGGUGGUUUGUUCCAGUGUUGUUGUUUUGUGAUCGUGGUGUAUUUUAAUUUUUCAACCAGGGAAAAAGAUAAGAAAAAAAAUUGCCUGUUAAAACAUUUUCUCAACUGAAAGAACGGGUAUUGUUGAGAUAAUAUUUAAACAAUACUGUUUGUGAAUUGUGAUUCUUCAGUUUUUUUAAGACUGGACAAAAUAGGCCACCAUAAGAUUUAUUUUUAUUAUUAGUAUAAUAUAUUUAUGAAAAUUCUAGAUAUUAUUUUUUCAUUAGAUUCUGAUUCAUCCUAUUUCUUCACUUUUCAAAAUUUUAUUUCCCCAACCUGCAUAUGUCAAGAAAUGAAUUUAUUACUUCCAUCACCUGAGUCCACCUGUAUUUCACACUACUAUCUUUUUAUUAAUCAUGAAUCAGCAUCUGACAUUGUUGUAACUAGCCAACCCAUUUUUUAAAUUAAGCCACGAGAUCUGGAUUUUGUCACAGCCCGAAGUCUUUCCUAUGUCAUGGUGUACGGGGAUAUUUGCCAUUGGCCAUCAGUCCACACAUAAAACACAUUUCACAGUUGCCUUUUGAAAAGGGUCUUUUGUAAGUCAUCUUAAUAUUUUUAAAAAUGAAAUUCAAAGCAACCUCACAUUGAAUGCAGCACCUACAUAAAUAAUCAAAUAUUUAAAGCUACGUUUACAUUUUUAGAUGACAAAUUUUGACUAGGCAUGGGGUUUUCAUUUAUCAUUGUUGUAAGUUAUUACCUCAGACAUUUCACCUGUAACAAAAAUAUUUGCAAUUUCAGACUUGUACAUUUUCUCAAAACAAAAUUUAUCACCAACAUUCAUUUUGCAUUCAAGUCUAACAAUUUUUAUAUAUUAGGGUUUGUUGCUUUUGAAAAGAAUGUGUGAAAAGUCUUAUCACAAGUCUAAAACCAUCUAACUUGUACAUCAAUAAAGAAGCAUUUAUUUAUCAAAUAAGCUGUAUGUUUAUCAACACAUGCACACAAACACUUAAGAUUCGUGCUGUGUGCAUACCUUAUUUGUAUUAUAAUGUACUAUUAUUUCAGUAUCAAAUUGAAAUGCGUCUGGCUGGCCAGGGGCAGAUAAUCCGGUCACCCCAUUGUUAGUGUGUGCCUCUGUAGAUGCCAGCGCUUGGUAGACAUUUGUUGGUGAGGCGAAUAGGUGGUGGGCUCCUUUAGGGUUCUGACAAUGUUGUUUGAGACAAACAAAAGCUUUCAAAAAAAAUAGUGAUAAAUCCUCCCUUGAGACAGAACUGGGUGCAUUAUUAAAUAAGCAUUAAUAAAUAGCAAGAACUAAUAUAUCCCUGAAACCGGAUUGAUUUUCUUUUUACCUUGUUGAUUGUUUUAUUGUGUUAAAAAUUAUUUUAAAUGUGCACAUUUUAUACACAUUUUAGUGCACAUCUCUAUAGAAAUACAAAUUUUCCAAACUUCAGUUGCACUGUGAAAUUACAUUUUUAACAAGCACUAGAUUACAAGAUUUCAAUGGUUAGAACUGUAUAUAGAAAUUAGUUUUACUCUCUAAAUUUGACCUUUGGAAUGCUGCUUGUGCCUAGAUCUUUUUUUUUUAUUCAGCUUCAGAAAAGAGCACAUGGUUUGCUUUAAUUUAAAUAACAGUACAGUGCUCACUGUAUUAUCUAGUAUACAAUGGGGAUAAAUCACCUUUGCUAGUGUUAAGUUAUUUUGUCAUCUGUAUUUAUGGCUUCACUUAGUUAUGCAUGCCUUAGAUUAUAAAUGGUAGACAUAAUUGUGGAUAUUCAUGAAUUAUUUUAUCAGUCAUGGUAGCUCAUUACUUUCGCUUUUGUCAUGGCAAGCAUGCCACCAUCUUUGUUAUUGUUGUCUCAUUUUACUGGCAGAGAUGCUUUAUUCCCGUAUUUAAAUUAUUUAACGGUAAAACCUGCAACCUAAUAUGUGGUUGGUGAUAAAGGAGGACUAACAUGAAGUGAGAAUAUGCAGUAAAAAAAAAAUAAAAGUUUUCUCAAUCUU